CUUGCUGGCUGCUUGCCAUUUCAAGAGACCGGGGCGCAGGGCCCAUAUAAGAGCUCUCCUCUCCCAUCUCCCGGGCUCCGGCGGGCUCGCAGGAGUAGACGGGGGGCUGCACGAUUCCGUCGCCUCAUUGGCCGCUCCUGCCAGGCCGCGUGCUCCUCUUGCCGCGUCUCUUCCUCCACCGGGUUGCGCGUUCCUCAGGGUGGAGCAUCAUCCUGCACAUAUCUUGGAUAAACUCUUGACACGCUCAGGAGACGUUUGAAACCGUCCUUCAGCGUCAUAUAACAAGCAGAUCAACGAGAGCUUGAUCCUACUCCUACAUCAGUACGCGAUGGGUUUCUUGUCAUUGCUUCUGGUGGCUUCUAUGCCAAUCAUCCAGGUCCUGCUCAUUGGUGUCGUUGGAGCUUACCUGUCCUCCGGCUUCAGCAAUGUCCUGACCACAAGUGCUCGAAGGGACAUGAACAAGGUUGUUUUUACCGUAUUCACCCCAUCUCUGAUGUUCGCUAGCCUUGCAAAGACGGUCACGCUCGAGGAUGUCAUUUCGUGGUGGUUUAUGCCAGUUAAUAUAGCAAUCACGUUCAUGGUCGGUGGCGUUCUGGGUUGGAUAGCAUGCAACGUUCUGAAGCCACCACAGCACUUCAGGGGCCUGAUCAUGGCCUUCUGCUCAGCAGGAAAUCUCGGAAACCUGCUCUUGAUCAUUGUCCCGGCCGUUUGCGAUGAAGAUGGGAACCCAUUCGGGAAGGAUCGGAGCAUUUGCCGCUCACACGGGCUCUCCUACUCGUCAUUGUCCAUGGCUCUGGGUGGCCUUUUCAUAUGGACAUACACAUACAGCCUGAUGCAGAAGUCAGGAAAACUGUAUCACAAGAUGCAGUCCAAAAGCAUCCAGUGCCCAGCCGACAGCGACGAGGAGCAUUCUGCGCAAGACGCGGAGCUUGCCAAAGGAGACGGUCCAGCUGCCUACAAUGAUGAGGAGGCACCUCUGCCGACGUCAGUUGAGCCUGAUGAACAGACGGGUGAGAAUCCAAUGGAGGCCCCGCUCUUGUCCUGCGAAAGUGAUGUCACUGAGAAGGGAUUCUGGACAAAUCUGAAGGAUACUGUCCACCAAUUUGUCGAGGAGCUGAUGGCACCACCAACGAUAUCCGCAUUAACUGGGUUUGUUGUUGGCCUGGUCCCAUGGUUGAAAUCGCUAAUCAUCGGCGAGGGAGCUCCGUUCAAAGUUUUACAGGAUUCCCUCCAACUGAUGGGCAAUGGCACGAUUCCUUGCAUCACCCUCAUCCUAGGUGGAAACCUGACGCAAGGGCUUCGGAAGUCGGGGCUCAAGCGCACGGUGAUCAUCGCGAUCGUCUGCAUACGCUUCGUGAUCCUGCCGCUGAUCGGGAUCGCCGUGGUCCAUGCCGCGUACGGAGUCGGGUUCCUGUCCCACGACCCGCUCUACCGCUACGUGCUCAUGGUGCAGUUCGCCCUGCCUCCUGCGAUGAACAUUGGAACCAUGGCUCAGCUGUUUGAUGUUGCACAAGAGGAAUGCUCCGUGAUCUUUCUCUGGACGUACCUCGUAGCGGCGAUUGCGCUGACGACGUGGUCGACGAUCUUCAUGUCCAUUCUGUCUUGAGCCACCGCAGGUGCAGGAGGCAUGGUCGUAUUUGCGAGCCUGUGCUGCGCAAAGAUUCAGCUUAGCACAGCAGUAUAGCUAUAGAUAGUACGUGGUAUGCAGUAGAUUAUGAUCCAAUGAUCAUUUAGGUAAUUAUUUGUUGUUUGUAUUUGUGUUGAUCUGAUGCCUGACCUGAUGGUCGGCAUAGUUCAAACAAUUCAUGGGAGUUCGGUUGCAGUUUUGUCCAUGUACACAGGUAGAAACAAGGAAUUGUCUGAAAAGAAAAGAAAUGAAGAAAUGUAGUAUAAAGAUACUUGUCUCA